ACGCCGUCCCUGGCAUUGCUGGCAAAUAGCAGGGUACCGAGUGAAUAGAACGCAAGGCUUUGUAUUCUCAGUACAGUAUCUGAGUGCCGUCGGUGUGGUUUGUAGUGAUCGCCAGGAGAGAGGCAUGUGGCGGUGUGCUUUCUGCUGCGGUAAACCGAACUGUACCACAGCUUACUGUGAACUCUUCGAGGAGGCCUUGGAUAUCCCUGGCUACACCACACGGUAAACCCCGAUGGAAAGAGGAUUUAUCUCUUUGAGGGGCAGUGUUCGAGGUCAAAGGUUACUUAGCAGCUCAUGUCAAUCUGCGAGUGUCACAGACUGGAGUUAGUGGACACACAACAUGUCUUCCUCACAUCGCCACCAAGUCUUGUCACCGAGCCGCAACGCUGUGAUGCUCCUGAACAGAAUGGACAACGUCGGAUUUGAGCAGGACCGAAGGGCUACAGUGGAGAUGGGGGAGGUGUCAUCGCCCGCUUCACCUGCAGUCACUCUGACGACAAUCAAUGGGAACGGCGUACCCGGUUGCACGGAUGCAUGCCUUUCAUUACAUCAACAACAUCAGAGGAACCUGCAGCAGUACCAGAAAUCCACGGCGCCUCAGCCGCCCGAGAGCCCAUGGCAUCGCCUUAAGACAAUCUUCCUAGUUAGCGCCAUAGGGUCCCUCAUCGUCUGGGUAGUGGUGUACACUGUGCUUAGCCAGAUGUCCUUUGUUUGACCGUGGAUAGGACUGAAUCUUACGUUAAGGAACAAGUCCACGUGUCAAGCUCAAAAAAAAAAAAUAUUAACAGUCGCCAAUGUUGUCCUGAUCUGUAAAACCAC